AUGCCUUGCCUAACGCUGCUCGCAUCGGGAGGGCGCAAGUAUUGCCGCCUCCGAUUACACCGAACACCAGAACAGAGCUUUGGCAAAGGGCAGAAAAGGGAAGGUGUGCAGAAGGCGAGCCAUGUGCUGGAGUGUGGGUCAGGAAGCGACUUUUGCGGAAAGGAUGUCUGCAUUUCCAACUGUGACCAUAAAUCGGAGUGCGGCGCGGGUGCAGCUGUACCCGGAACAACGUGCCCCUUGAAAGUCUGCUGCAGCGGAUCAGGGUACUGUGGCGUCAAAGCAGACUACUGCGAUGAUACAUGCCAAAGCAAUUGCGAGCAACCUGGCUCCAGCGAGCCCAAUCGCGGAGAUAUACGCAAACUGGUCAUUGGCUACUGGGCAGGGUGGAGUUUGACGACAAGAAGUUGCUCCAAACGAACGAUCGAUGAUGUCCCAGUUGGCUCGCUGACCCAUCUCAACCUUGCGUUUGCAUAUAUCGAGCCGGAGACGUUUGAAAUUGUACCCAUGCCGCGCACCUCGGACGAUGUCUUCUCUCAGAUCACAAACCUGAAACAAAAGGCGCCAGGUCUCAAGAUCUGGAUCUCGUUGGGUGGUUGGACUUAUAGCGAUAACGGUACCGAUACGCAGGCUGUCUGGGGAGAUCUUGCACGCACGGGCGCCAAUCGGUACAAAUUUGCCGCGAAUCUGCACAAGUUCAUGAAGACAUGGGGAUUUGAUGGGGUCGACCUGGACUGGGAGUAUCCGGGCGCACCAGAUCGCGGUGGUAAACCGGAUGAUCCAGGUAACUUUGUUCUGCUCCUCGAAGCACUCAAUACGGUAUUUGAGCUCGCAGGAGAUGAUUAUGGCAUCUCGUUCACCGCACCAUCUUCUUAUUGGUAUUUGCGAUGGUUCAAGAUUGACCUGCUUUGGAAAUACGUUUCUUGGAUCAAUCUUAUGUCUUACGAUCUACAUGGCAGCUGGGACGCGCCUGGCACUUACAUCGGGCCGUACGUCUAUGCACAUACCAACAAGACAGAGAUCAAGGAAUCUCUUGACUUGUUCUGGCGUAUGGGUGUACCUGCAAAUCGCAUAAAUCUGGGCAUUGGGUUCUAUGGUCGGUCGUACACCCUCGAGGACGCGAAUUGCAACAAGCCUGGUUGCAAGCACUCAGCACCUGGCGUGGCUGGGCAAUGCACCGGCGAAAGCGGUAUACUUUCUUUCGCCGAGAUUGAGUCGUAUAUCAAGCGCUUCAACCUCGAAAAGAUUUACGAUAAGGAGGCUGGAGUGAAGUAUUUGGCUUGGGGCUCCAACAAUCAGUGGGUGUCUUACGACGAUGAAGAAACGCUCCAGGACAAGGUCGAUUUCGCGAAAGAACAAGGUCUGCUUGGUCUAUUUGUCUGGUCUAUAGACCUUGACGACACGGACCAUACGGCACUGAAAGCCCUCUUAGGCGGAAAACUUGACGUCUUUGCCGAGCAGAAUGGGUACGAUUCAAGCGCUAUCGAUGAAGGUGAUUUCGGCUCUGCAACAGGAACUGAAUGCGCAUGGUCUUCCUGUGGUACCACAUCGUGUGGUGCCGGCUAUCAAUCAGCUGGCGCUCAGCAAUACUGCGGCAUGCGCGACGGCAAAGCUCAGAGGCAGACUUUGUGCUGUCCUCUGAAGUCGACUCCGGAUCCAAAGAAAUGCAGAUGGUCUGGAGGUCAACAAGGCAUCGAGGGAUUCUGGUGCUCAGGCGCUUGUCACGACGGCGAGAUACCUGUUGUAUCAAGUACGGAGCCCUACAUCGACGACGAGCACCUGUCCUGCUGGUUUGGCUUUGCACAAUACUGCUGUGAGAGUUCCACUGGUGGUGUCAACGAUGCCGCAGAACUCAAACAGUCUCAAAAGCAUCGCAACUUCGUGACCACCAAACGUGGAACGUGUCAAGGCAACAAGGGCCUCUCUUACUGCUGCGAAAAAGGCAUCGACACAUCUUCGUGUUACUGGAACGAGGGCGGUAACAUCCCAAUCUGUUCAAACUCGGAAUUUUGCAGUUCAACCACUAGCAAAAUCGACCAGGAUCAGUACGGCGGACCAAAUGGCGAUGGCAAAGGAGAUGGUACACACGAGUGCAAGUACACGAUACCUCAACAGAUGGGCGUCUGGUCGUGGUACAAUGCAGAUCUCGCCUUUUGUUGCGAUACCAGAGGCAUGGGCAAGGAAACCAUCAAUCUGCCCGUGCCGUUGAAGAACCUGUUCCCUACCCCUGGACCCGACUCGAACACCGAGAAGAUUACCAUCAAGGUUGAUCAGACAAUGGGUGGCCAGAUCACACCAGGAAAUAGCAACGAUCCUGAUGAUCAUGCCUUUGGCUUUUACAUCAUGUCCGGCCCUGAAGACGAAAUCACGACAGUCAACAAACGCGAUGGCUCACAUUGGGAACUUUUCGACUGCGAUAACACCGCCGGCGAGAAUCGCCAAACCGUGAAGGCGGUAUGUACGGACUCGUCCGAAAACAGUAAUUGCGACAUCAUUUUCAGAGGCGGCUUGGAGCACACUGUCGUUGAGAUGCCCAGCGACUGCGGCCCUGGCAAAUAUGCUGUCGCGAGGAAAAUGGAGUCUUCGACUACCCAUGCCCACAUUCGACACAGACUUGAGAAGCGGGGGCUUAGCGAUGCCGCUGUAUAUGACUUCACAUUCGACUAUGAUUUCACGACGUUCGAGAAGCGCGCUGACCAGUCUAAUGUUUUGGUACGCAUUGACUACAGUGACAACCCUGGCUAUUGGGACAGCAUUAUCGAAGCACCUCCUGGAAAACACAAGCGCAAACGAGAUCUGGAGAUCGAGACAAUGUUUGGUGGCAACAAGAAGGCCUGGCUAGAACAUGCUUGGCGCAAGGAAAAGCGCGAGCUGCACUACACUGAGUUGCACAAGAGAUGGUGGUCAGGCAACGUGAAAGAAUGGUGGGACAAACAAAGGGACGUCGACAUCAAGUAUGAGGGCGUCAGGCACCGGGUGCAUGAACAAUUCAACAUCAAGAUCUUCGAGGAGACCCUGACAGAUUGUGCAGAGUGGGCGGACGAUCUGUACUUCAAGAGCUGGGUUGAGAUGGAUCUUGACGUCCAAACGGCAGGUGGAGUCACCGUUAUCGGCAAGCUUGGAAACCUUGAGAGUUUCGAGGAGUCUUCCGCUUGGUUCCGCACGGAAGGCCAGGUGACAGCGCAACUCAAGUUCGAAGCCUUUGGCAAGGUUUCCUUCCACACUGGUGAUGUUGAGCUGUUUGGAGCCCACAACUUUGGCGCAACGUUCCGCGUUCCUGGUUUUGUGACCAUCGGCCCUGAUUUCCGUAUCAUUGGUUCACUCGCUGGAGAAGCGCAACUGAAAAUCAACGCAACGUAUGAGAUGGAGAUGCCUGGGUGGGACUACUCAAUGCGAUAUCCCAUCCCCGAUGGUGAGGACGACAAACCCGACGAGGAGACUACGAAGAAAGAUGUUUCUGGAUCCGGUGUCCAUGACCAAUUUACUUGGGACCUGGACGCCUCGGGCAAGGUCACUGUACACAUUAUCCCAAAAGUGACGUUCGGCAUUGUGUUUGAUAGCUCUGCAAUAUCUAAUGCUGCGCUCGAUCUGGGUGUCGAUUCGUAUGCGCAGUUGUAUGCGAAUACGAAAGUUGGCAGCAAUCAACCCUUUAUCUACUGCUACGGUAUGGACGCUGGUGCAGAGCUCUUUGGAAACAUAGAAGCGCCAACAGUCUUCAAAACCAAGUGGAGCAAACAUUACUCUCUCUGGAGCGAUGAAGUGAGUCACAUGCAACCUUCAGCAGGAGUCUACUAACGCGAU